AUGGGUUACCCUAUGCCCCUCGUGGACCGAAGUCUGGCCAUCUUCGUCGUGUCCGUUGUGAUGAUGAUUAUAUCCAUCGUGACCGUUUCACUAAGGGCAUUCGUCCGAUUGUACCUUGUCCGAGGAUUUGGAUGGGAUGAUGCUCUUAUGAUCGCAUCUCUGGGCCUUUUCGUAACUCUGGCUGCAUGUUGCAUGAUUGGCUCUACAAAUGGCAUUGGUCACGCUUACACGGACUUUACUAGUCUUGACGUCUAUAAGAGAGCGUUGCUGUGGUGGUGGCUCGGUCAAAUGCUGUACAUCUGGGCAUCAGCCGUCGCCAAGAUCUCGAUUGCCCUCGCCCUAUUGCGACUGACCGUCAAGAAAGCCCACCGCAUCAUUCUCUGGGUUAAUAUCGGCGUCAUCAUUGCUAUUGGUCUGAUGUUUUGGUUCGUCCUACUCCUUGACUGCCAACCUGUCUCAUACUUUUGGAACCGAGUGGACCCGAGAUAUUCCGGAACCUGUCUAUCAGUCGAUAUACUUCUCGACAUUGCGUAUCUUUACAGCGCUUUGACUAUUAUCUGCGACUUGACACUUGGAAUUUUGCCUGUGUUCUUGGUCUGGACAUUGCAGAUGAAUCGCAGGACCAAGAUUGCGGUCGGAGGGAUUCUAAGUCUAGGUGCAAUUGCCAGUGUUGCCGUGAUUAUUCGACUUCCCUUCCUACAAUAUUACGCGGAUACGGAUUUCCUACGGAACACAUAUCAAAUCGCCAUCUGGUCAGUGAUUGAAACAGGUCUCGGGAUCACGGCAGGAAGUCUGAUCACCCUUCGCCCACUCUUCCGCUGGCUUCUCGAUGGAAGCGUGUCGUACGGACGGAAUGUGGCAAGCCCGGGAAAGUACCCACUCUCCAGUCUGAGGAGCGACAAUCUGAAAGGCUCUAAUGACCCCAGCUACUGGAGGCCUGAUCUGAACAUCAAUGACGACAACGCUAUCAUGAACACAGUAUCAUCGCCACGAUUGAAUUCCUAUCGAUAUACUAAUAGUAGCCAGGAGGCUUUAUAUCCAGAGCUGACACCCGUCCUCUCGGAAAGUGGUGUCACUGUUCAGAAAACAUUUGAACAGACUGUCUCGGAGCGGGGAGGGUAG